AUGGAGCGAGCACCAGAAGAAGAAAGAAGGGCGCAAGCAGCAGUUAGGCCUAGAAGCGAGCGACAGUUCAGUUCAGUUGAAAAACAAUGUACAAAUGCUAGUAGCGAACAAUGGAUGGCGACUUUGUCUUGGAUGAGAAGAGACAGAGACAGUGCUACAGUGCAGACGAUUGAUGGAACAAGAGUGGAGGCUACCCAGGUCAUGAAAUGGAUCAACAAAUGGAUCCAGUCCCUUUGGGUUCCCUUUUUUUUUCUUCCAGAAUGGAUCCCAUGUAGGUAUGCAUGCAUGGGUCAUGGAUGGAGAGACAGAGAGGUAUGGCACAUGGUUAACUUACAGAUAGACAGGCAGAUAGACAAAAAGGCGUUGGAUUGUGCAACACUACAAAAGACAUGGUUGCUGUUUUGGAGACAAAGCACUGUCCAGAUUGAUCAAGACUACCUCCAUGUGAGAUUUGACAAAGGUAAAUUGAGUUGCACAGCAUAUGACCGUCGCCGAAAUAAGGAUGGAUGCCCCUUACUGCAGUGCACCACACCCAUGUCUCGUUUACACGAUCCAAUCUGA